AUGGCCCCAACCAGAGAAAUCCACAUGGGUUCCUACUCCAAGAGCAAGCCACCAACACUCUCAAUGGGAAGUAGUACUAUCCAAAGAACCAAAUCCGACAUUUCGAUCGAAGUUCUGAGCAAAGAGUUAGCAGCUGUUGACAUUCAUGAAGACGACGAGAAGCCGCUGCCGCCGAUAUCGGAAGUCGAAGAGGCCAAAUGCGAGUGCUGUGGCAUGUCGGAGGAGUGCACGGCCGAGUACAUAAACCGCGUCAGAAACCAGUUUUCGGGGAAGCUGAUUUGCGGGCUGUGCGCUGAGGCAGUGAAUGGAGAGAUGGACAAGAAUGGUGGAAAGAAGGACGAGGCUGUGAAUGAGCACAUGAGUGCUUGUGUCAAGUUCAAUAAGCUUGAGAGGGCAAACCCUGUUCUGUACCAAGCUGAGGCCAUCAAAGACAUUUUGAGAAAGAGUUCUAGUUCUUCUAGUACCAGCAGGUCCAAAUCUAUGAGUUAUAAGAGUGGUGUUCAGAAGAACAAUGGCGGUCUGGCGAGGAGCUCCAGUUGCAUUCCGGCUAUCACCACCAGAGAAGUUGGCGACCGUUACACUAGUAAACCGAGCCACUAG